AUGCCAUCAUUAACUAUACCUAUGACAAGUAAUAUUAAUAUGACAAAUUUAUGUAAACGAACUUUAACACAUAAUAUAGUUACUUGUCCUUCAACACCAAGUACAAUAGAAAUAGAACUAAAGAUGCCCUUCAAAGUUCGCAUCUCAAAAUUUCGUCAUGUAUUUGGUACUCCUUACCGUGAACAAGAUUGUUAUAAAAAUAUUGCUAUAACACGUAAUGCACAUGAUGGAAGUUUUUGUGCAGUUAAUUCAAAAUUUUUAGCAAUUGUUACUGAAACAUCUGGUGGUGGUAGUUUUCUUGUUAUUCUUCUAUCUGAGGUUGGUCGUGUCGAUGUCGAUCAUCCACGUAUAACUGGUCAUCGUGGUCCAGUCGUUGAUCUUAAAUUUAAUCCAUUUAAUGAUAAUGAAAUAGCAUCAUGUUCAGAUGAUGGAACAGUUAAAGUUUGGUAUAUACCAAAUGAAGGUUUAAAAACUGAUACAUAUCAAUGGAAAGUUGAUUUACAUGGACAUCAACGACGUGUAGAUUAUAUUGAAUGGCAUCCAACUGCACAAAAUCUUAUAUUAAGUGCUGGUCUUGAUCAUCAAGUUGUUUUAUGGAAUGUUGAACGUGCGGAACCAAUACAAGUUUAUCGUUGUCAUCCGGAUGCCAUACAAUCAAUAACAUGGAACAGGAAUGGUUCAUUAUUUGCAACUACUUGUAAAGAUAAACAUAUACGUGUUAUUGAACCUCGUACUGGUCGAAUCAUUGCUAAAGGAAUUGGUCAUCAAGGUCCAAAGACAUCCAAAGUUGUGUUUUUAGGUGAUACUAAUCGUCUUCUAUCAACUGGUUUUGGUAAACAAUUUGAACGACAAAUAUCAAUUUGGAAUGCUAAUGAUUUAUCAAAACCAUUAACAGUUGAAACUGUUGAUUUUAGUGCCGGUGCUCUUAUUCCAUUUUAUGAUCAUGAUACACAUACAGUUUAUUUAGCUGGAAAAGGUGAUGGAAAUAUUCGUUAUUAUGAAGUUAGUGAUCAAGGUGAACCAUAUUUAUAUUUUCUUUCUGAAUAUAAAUCAUCAUCACCACAACGUUGUCUAGGUAUAAUGCCUAAAAUUGGUCUUGAUGUAACACGUAAUGAAAUAAUGCGUUUCUAUAAAUUAUAUGCUACUGGAUCUGUAUGUGAACCUAUAUCAAUGAUUGUUCCGCGUAAAGCUGAAGCAUUUCAAUUAGAUAUUUAUCCGGACACACCAGGACCAUAUCCUGCAUUAUCAUCCGAUGAAUGGAUAUCUGGUAUUGAUCGUGAUCCAAUAUUGGUAUCAAUGAAAGAUCGUAUUGAAGGUACAAAUAUGCCUAAAAUUACAACAUAUAGAACACUUGAUUCAACUACAUCUACACCCGUUCUUCCUCAUCGUGGAACACAGCAACGUACAGUGCAACCACCUAUUGCUGAAGUUGCACCUACACCUAAACAAAAUGUCAAUGAUCAGUCUCUAACAUCUUCUAUGUCACAUGAAAAAUUAUCAAUAAAUACGCAACAACAACCACCACCACCACCACAACAAUCAGCUAAUAAAGGUUUAAGAAAAAUAGAAUCAUUAAAAAUGCCAGCUACAAGUGUUGAAUUCAAUAAUGUUAGUAGAAAAGAGGAAAAAAAAUCAGCUGUUGAAGAACGACGUCAGUUUUCAACUCGACGUCGUUUAGGACGUACAAGUUCACGUGGUAUCUUAUUAAAUACCAGUGAUGAAGUUUUACCUUCUCCUCCUCUUCUACCAGAACGUAAACAUGUAUCACCUCAACCAAUGGCUAGUCCAACAUCAAAAGAUUCGAAAUCAUCAUCACGUCAUAGUCUUUAUAAAACACUUCGUUCAUCAUUUAAACCUUUUUCAUCACCAUCAUCAAAAAAAUUAAGUCAUGCAAGUUCUACACCUGAUCUUUCAUCAGUACUAUCAGAUAAUAAAAAUUCGAAAGAUGAUGAUGAUACAUCAUCAUCCAUUGAAAAUCUUUCCAAACAUUAUUCAUCUUUAACUAUACCAAAACAACGUCCACCUGGUUCAAUUCUUAAACAAAGAUCUCAACCACCUCAGCAUCCAGUUCAUGUUCAAGAAGAACCAAUUUAUAUUUCAUCAGCUUGUGUACCUUUAAAUAAACCUGUCAUUCAAUCAAUCAUACGUGAUCAGAAUGUCAAUGUAACAGAGAGAGAUAAAUUUCAAAAUCAAAUUAGUCAACAUCAACAACAAUCUCAAACAUCCAUAAAUAAUAAUAAUAACAAUCAAAAUCGUCGUAAUGUUGAAGUAAAAAAGAAAGUAUGGAGUGUAGAUGCACCUGAACAACAACAACAACAACAACAACAACAGAUGUUUCAUCAUGUUAAUGGUAAUGGGCAUUAUCCAUCAGGUCAACAACCAAAUGGAGUUGAUUAUCGUCAAGCAUUUUUAAAACAACAAGAAGAAGUUCAAUCAUUACGUGAACUUAUGUUAUUAAAAGAUAAUCGUAUUCGAUUACUUGAAGAUGAAUUACGUGUAUUAAAAAAUCAAUGUGAACAUCAAGAGAAUGAACAAAUAAGAUAA